GCUCCACACCAAUGUCCCAUAUCCUCAUCACUCUCUGCCUGCCCACACUGCCUGCGUACCGCGACCUACCACUGCACACCACAGAGCGGAGGAGAGAGCGCUCCCGCAGCAUGCCACUCUAGCUCACAAGCAGUCCCGACAUAGACGACCCCCACCGCGACCGCGCAAGGGGGAAUGGCGGCUGUGGUGGCGGCCGUUGAGGCGGGGGUGGUGGCGGUGGCGAGCGGGCGGAGCAGCAAGCUGGUCCGCAGCCUGUACUGGCGCCUGCGCGCGGGGAUCCGGCGGGUCCAGUCGGAGCGGCGCAGGUGGCGCGGCGGCGGCGGCGGCGGCGGCGGCGGCGGCGGCAGACGGGAGCGCUUCAACUUCCACUACGACGCGCUCAGCUACGCCCUCAAUUUCGACGACGGCCGCCGCGCCGCCGACCUCGUCCUAGUAUGAAGCUAGGUGCUCGGUUGGGUGGUGGCUGGGCUGCGUAUGGAAGCUCGGGGCGGUCUGUCUGUGUGCCUCUUUAAUUAGUGCUUUAGUGUAGGAGCUGCAAUGUUUGGGGGUGAACUUGAACUUGAACUCGAACUGUAAGAGCAAUCUCUGUAGUCUAGGGGCUAUGAGCUGUGGCCUUUUUGGCCAAUGUAACGCCAUGAUUUGCAGAGGUGCUUCGUCGAAUGGCAUGAAAAAUACGCGCAACUGAUCACGGGCAUAACCCCGAGAAGAUCAUGAGCAGCUCAGGCCUCAGGGAAUAGUUUUGUUGGCGUA